GGAAUUGAAAAUAACUACAUUUUUUCUUUCCCAACGUUCUCUCUCUCUAAAAAAAAAUAAUCUUGAUGAAUCCAAUUUGAUGUGUUGCCGUUCUUCCUUAAAAAAAAAGAAAAACUGCGAUGAAUCGGAUAAAGGCGAGAGAGAAACGUGCUGCAAGCAGAUGCUGUCAAGAAAAAACGGAGAUGCUGCUGCGACACUAUUCAAAUAGAAAUUCCGAGCGACAGAUGGACGCCCAGUUUCCAACUCGAAAAAAGUGUGUUUUAAUGGCACCUUUAGAUGCGCCGAUGAGGUGAAAGAUGUUCUUUAUAGAGGACAAUGGCCAAGUGGGUGAACGCUUUGCAGACGCCGACAACAUUAAAAUGGAUAACCAAAAGAAUACUAAUCUACCGCCGUCACGACCGUCGGCCGGAAUUUCUGCCGCCGUUCCCGAUUUACAAGAGACGAUGUGCAUGUUGCAAAUGAUGUCGGUCGACGGACCGCUGGCCGAAUUGAAACCCAAACCGGCACUUUCCGCAAUCUCCAUGCCGGGCAUCGCCAACAUUUUUGGCGAAGCUCAUCUCACCCGUCGGAUUGUCUGGAUUCUCGUCAUCGUUUCCGCAUUCAUCAUAGCCACAAUUCAGGUGAAGGAUCGUGUCGAGUUUUACAGUUCAACGCCGGUGACAGUCAACGUUCGAGUCACGAUGAACGACACGCUCCGCUUUCCCGUUCUGACCAUCUGCAACAAAAACAGUUUCAACAUGAGUCAAAUUCGAAUGCUGCAAGCCGAAGCCGGACUCGGCAGGAACAGUAAAUCGGAAGUCAAUAUUAGUCAACUGGUGGGCGUCCGGGGAAUGGACGCCAAACAGUUAUGGGACGUCAUAGCUCACGAUCCCGAUCAAAUCAUUGCCGAGUGCUGGUUCGGACGGAAUGUCAGCUGCAACCAGGUCGGCCGCUGGACCAAAGUCUACACUUAUCUGGGCGUGUGCUACUCUUUCAUCCGCAAUGAAACUUGGGUGAAAACGACGGGCAGUUUCAACAACCUCUACGUCAAGCUGAAAGAUACGGAGAUGGAAUGCUCGUCACUUUUGUGGGGGGCCAAGAAAGGCGAAGGCGAAAGAGGCUGGAAGAUGUUGAUCCACGACUUGCGUGACUCGCCCGUCGUCGACGUCCGCACGCACGGCAGCACGCUCGACAAUGGCUGGGGCAAGGACAUCCGUAUCUAUUUGAGAGAAUUCCGCACUUUGAACGUUUGGAAACGCCCGUGUCUGAAAAACGGCAAUUAUUCAAAGUGCAUUGAGCGAUGCUUCGUGGCAGCUGCCGCCGAUCGAAUGACAUGCAGACUACCUUUUAUGGAUGAAAUAGCAGUUGGAUAUAAUCAUCGCAAGAUGGAGUACUGCAAUACACCAGAUUCGUUUUGGAAUAAUUCAAAGGAAAUUGAUAAUCUUCUCGUGUACGGCCAUUGGGCGAGGAACAGUUGCAGCCAUUGCCAGCGGCAAUGCAAUCAGGAUUUCUACAUCGCUUACACGGAAAUGACGAAAAUGAAGCCGAGCGAGAAUAAAAUCAGCAAAUUGAGAGUUUUCUACCAGGAUUUCACGUUCGACGAGAUCGAAGAGAGCGCCGACUAUGGAGCGGUUUCCCUACUCUGCGAUAUCGGCGGAUCGCUUGGUUUCCUGCUGGGCUUUUCUGUGCUGACCGUCUGCGAGAUUGUCGACGCCAUCGUUCAAACUUGUUUGUCGUCUAGCCGACGACUGAUCAACAAAUGCAGGGGAAUGAAUUAAAACGGAAUUUUAUAGCAGACUUGCGGAUGAUUCUUUCUACGAUUUAAAAUACAACUGAGAA